AUGGCUACCUCCAACAAUACGAUUCCACUCGCGGAGACGGAGUUCGCGGAAAUGCGGUCCGUCAUUUUUUCUCCAGAAGCAUAUACCAUCUGCCCUCGCUGUGAGCGUGAUUGCACCGACACACGCAUCAACCGAGUCUGCGUAGCCUGCGAGCGCCGAUUCAACGAGGAGAUGUCGCGUACCAAGGGGGGUGAGAAGACGCGUCGUUACUGGCGCCGGAUGCUGAAGGAGGCUCAAGAGCAGCAGAUCCGGUAUCGAGGCUUGAACGAGAUUGCUGUGGAGCCGGCGGAGGAGGCGGAGGAGGCUCAGAACGGGCCCAAAGCUGCCGCUGAGGAACCCGUAAUGGUUGUGGAGGAGGAGGAUAGCUGGCUCGUUAAGAAAUUGCGUGCGUUGUGGAAGAAGCUGAAAGGCUGA